AGCUGUGCGCGGCCCGAGCGCUGCUUCGCGCGCACGCGCGGCCGUCUCUCUGUGUGCGCGCUCGUCACUUCAGAAGAUGGCGGAAGGGGAACUGAAUGUGGACAGUCUCAUCUCCCGACUCCUGGAAGUUCGGGGAUGUCGACCGGGCAAAAUUGUGCAAAUGACGGAGGCGGAGGUCAGGGGGCUCUGCAUCAAAUCCCGUGAGAUCUUCCUGAGCCAGCCCAUCCUGCUGGAGCUCGAAGCCCCCCUGAAGAUAUGCGGUGACAUCCACGGCCAGUACACGGACCUGCUGCGCUUCGAGUACGGGGGCUUCCCCCCCGAGGCCAACUACCUGUUCCUGGGCGACUACGUGGACCGAGGCAAGCAGUCCCUGGAGACCAUCUGCCUGCUCCUGGCCUACAAGAUCAAGUACCCCGAGAACUUCUUCCUCCUGCGCGGAAACCACGAGUGCGCCUCCAUCAACCGCAUCUACGGCUUCUACGACGAGUGUAAGCGCCGCUUCAACAUCAAGCUGUGGAAGACCUUCACCGACUGCUUCAACUGCUUGCCCAUCGCCGCCAUCAUCGACGAGAAGAUCUUCUGCUGCCACGGAGGUCUGUCCCCCGACCUUCAGUCCAUGGAGCAGAUCCGCCGCAUCAUGAGGCCCACAGACGUCCCCGACACAGGUCUGCUGUGCGAUCUUCUGUGGUCGGACCCCGACAAAGAUGUGCAAGGCUGGGGUGAGAAUGACCGCGGCGUGUCCUUCACCUUUGGAGCAGAUGUGGUCAGCAAGUUCCUAAACCGACACGACUUGGACCUCAUCUGCCGGGCGCACCAGGUGGUCGAGGAUGGCUACGAGUUCUUUGCCAAGCGACAGCUGGUGACCCUCUUCUCUGCGCCGAACUACUGUGGCGAGUUUGACAACGCCGGCGGCAUGAUGAGCGUCGACGAGUCUCUCAUGUGCUCCUUCCAGAUUCUGAAGCCCUCAGAGAAGAAGGCCAAAUACCAGUAUGGUGGUGUGAAUUCUGGGCGCCCCGUCACCCCCCCUCGCACUGCCAACACCCCCAAGAAGAGGUGAACGCCACCGCCGUAGCUCUCUGCGGGGGUCCGCCUGCCACUGCUCUUCAACGAAUGAUGAAAUCUUUAACGAAUUAACGUGUAACCUGCUUUUUAAAGUCGGGCGUCUUCUCAUUCCCUGGAAAAACAAAACCGCGGCCCACCUGCUGUGCUAAUGCCACCCCCCAUAGUCCCUGCCACCCUGUGGUGCACCAUGUGACAGUUGGAGCCCCCAAUCCCCUAGGGACAGAACUGAGUUUGCCCGCUCCCGCCAUCCGUGUCAGUGGUCCCCGCUGGAUUGUCCCCCUAAGCUCAGCUCCGAUGCCCACUCGGGUGCCCCCUGGCCACUAGUGUCUCCCCCCCAAGUCGCGUAACGUUUUUAAUCUUCCAGCUCCAUGAAAUCGAGUCCGGAAUUUGCGAGUGUGCGGGUUCCGUGGGUCUGACGGCGGCCUCGGCCACGGACCCUCCACACGGUGGGCUUGCAGUGCACGCUGGGACGCAAGCUGUUGGUUACUCACAAAAUGUAUUUUUAUUUAAUUUGUAUUUUGGGGUAAAUUGUCUCAAAUCUUGAUUUGUGCAAAGUACAUCAUUUUAAUAAAGUGUGUGAGGGGGUUUGUAGGACCCCCUCUGUCUG